AAUGAGUUCCUUAAUGAUGUAUAUAUCAGCAAUUCUGUUAAAAUAAUAAGAAAUAGCGCAAGGGCGAAGAGUGAAGUGGUGCACAUAGAAGAUCGAAGAAGAAAAGGAACAUAUAUAUAAAGCAACAAGUUUGUGUGGGUUGAAGUGUUGAACAAUACUUAGAAAAUAAAAUGGAGGCGAAGACGAAGAAGGAGAUAAGUGACGAAGCAAAGGAGAAAAUAUCAUCGAGACUAUCAUGUCUAGAGAAUCUGUGGUUCCCACGCGCUCAACAAUCCACCUCCACACUCCCAUCCCAACGCAAAUCCAUCUUCCUCGACCUUCUCUCACGCGACACAGCCCUCUUCCUAGAACGAUACGGUUCCCAUCUCACUCCCACCGAGUUAACCGAAUUCGAUUCAAUCAUACACGAUUACGAGAUCAACUGGCACGUGAAUCGGUUGCGGAGCGUGCUGACUCCGACCUCAGAGGAAUUGAGGAAGAGAUCUGUUAGGGCGAAGAACAGGAGGCGUGCUUAUUUGGACAGAUUGAUGAUUGUUGGUAAUUAUUUCUGUGAAGAAUCUAUGAGGGAUAGGGAACCCUAUCUUCAUCAUGAGUAUGUUGGUAAGUUUCAGGAUCGUGUUGGCAGAGGGAUGGCUAGGCCUGGUGAGAGGUGGUCUGAUACGCUUUUGAGAAGGUGUGAGGAAGCUGAAAUUGUUGCUAAGAUUAGAGGGGAACAGCAGAGGAUCGGUGUGCCGGAAAGGGAUUGGAUUGGUAAUGAAGAUUUUCAACAAGUAGAGGAAGAGGAAGAAGAAGAAGAAGAAGAAGAAGAAGAAGAUGAAGAGGCUGUGGAGAAAUGCUUGCCUCAGCCUGAUGCAACUGAUAUUGCCGCAUCUGAUCCAGCCAGAGUGCGGCAGGGUCCAACGUUAUCUUCAGAAGAGCUGGAGGACCGGAUGAAUCAAUUCACUUACAUUAUGCAGCAGAAGUUUCUAUUAGGAGAAGAUCUCGAAUAUGUAGAUUAUUCAAAAAUAGACAACGAUGAGACCCUCGACGAUCAUUGGCAGAGAGAGGCCAAUGUUGAUGCAGAAGAGAGAUAUUUUGCUGAUGAUUAAACUGUAUCAGCUUGGUAGUGUAGAACCAGAUGUGUAGAUAUUGGAUAACCUUUGUUUCCUUUGUUUGGCCAUCUUCAAAGAUGUACUGUACUUAAAUUAACAUUUGGUGUUUAUAAUAUAAGUUACUUGGUGUUUGUAGCUGUUUAUUUCCCUAA